AUGCAGUCACUCGCGAGCGUGUCUCCGACGCGCGCCCUAUCCUCCGAGGCCAGCGUCGGUGCGGCUACUGACACAUUUUCCCACACCGCGUCCCUGAGCUCGACGCCUCCCACUACUAUUGCCGAUAGUAUCAGUCUGACUUCGGACACGUCUAAACCCGAGAAUGGUGCCGCCAUUGACAGCGCUGGCGGGCCCGCCGAGCCCGCCGACGUGGACGCCUCAACUGACGUUGCCGACUCCAUUGUCGCGUCUGCCGAGCCGCUCAAUUUCCUUCCACCUUCCGAAUCGCCUUUACCACCCGCUCUCGACACGCCCUCGAUCGGACGUUCGCGUCGGCAGCGUCUUAGCGCCCCGAUCUACAACCUAGCCAAGCUGGCCGGAACCGCUGUUCACGGCAAACGACGAGCCAAAGGCGACGAUGUCAGCAACCGAAAGCGACGCAACACGGUUGCAACCCAGACCGUUACCGCAAAUGCGAUCGACGAAUACGAGAUCCCCGACGACGACGAAGAAGAAGCCCAGAGGGCCGCAGCGCGGAAGAAGCGACAGUUGACGCGCGACCGUAACCCGUCUAAGCCCAACCCCGCGACACCGGGUGAGCCAUCCGCCCCGCGACGCAUCUCGACGCGUUCUUCAGGCGUAGAAGCCGAAACGUUGGCGUUGAAAUUGUCAACCCUGGGUAAGCGGGGCCGGAAGACGUUCGACAAGGGCGUCAGCAAGAUGUCUCGGGAAUUGCGCCGGUUGCAGGACACGGACGAAUUUGCCGGUAUUGAUAAGAAACCUGUUGUAUACACGACGUGGGCCAAUGGCAAGUACGUCUCACCAGACGAGCCCGAGCCUCCCCGAAAGAAGCAGAAGGUUUCCGCCGAGACGCCCGAAGCACCCACGCCGGAACCUGAACCUGUCGUCGAGGAGGAACCAGCGGCCAGGAAGAGGCGGGCCAAGAAGUACCUCGAUCGCGGUUUGUACGCGGGCCAGGACACUCCGUCGGAUGUCUUCAAGGGACUCACCUCCUCGGAGAAGAAGAGGCUGGCGCAGCUGCCCGAGCUGAUGCCCACCUCCACCAGACCUAACAAAGUAUUGCCGUUACCGAUCUAUAACGGAAUGCGGAUGUUGAUCCAGGGCCGGGACUUCAAGCUGCCCUUCGAUGUCUGCAACCCGCUCCCGCCGGGGCAACCUAAACCCGACGAGUGGAGGAAGAUGACGAAGAAUCGUUUCGUGGGCGAUGCCGGAGCGUACUGGAAAAAGACCCCACACUUCAAGGAUUAUCAGUCCAAGUGUGUGUGCACUCCGGAGGACGGAUGCGGCGAGAGCUGUCAGAACCGAAUUAUGCUGUACGAAUGCGACGACACCAACUGCAAUGUCGGACCGCACUUGUGCCAGAAUCGCGCUUUUGCUCGGCUCCAGGAGCGUAUCAAAGAAGGCGGCAAAUACAGGGUCGGAGUAGAGGUCAUAAAAACCAAAGACCGCGGCUAUGGUAUUCGCAGCAACCGGUGCUUCGAGGCCAACCAGAUCAUCAUGGAAUACACGGGCGAGAUUAUCACCGAAGAGGAAUGCGACCGCCGCAUGACGGAGAAAUACAAAAAUAACCAGUGCUAUUACCUGAUGUCUUUCGACCAGAACAUGAUCAUCGACGCGACGACCGGUAGUAUCGCUCGUUUCGUUAACCAUUCAUGCUCGCCGAACUGCCGGAUGAUUAAAUGGAUCGUCUCGGGGCAACCGCGGAUGGCACUUUUUGCUGGCGACCGCCCUAUCACGACAGGCGAGGAGCUGACAUACGACUACAACUUCGACCCCUUCUCAGCUAAGAACGUCCAGAAGUGUCUUUGUGGUAGCGACAACUGUCGAGGUGUCUUGGGCCCGAAGCCGAAGGAGGUAAAGGGUUCAAAGGCCGUGAAGGCCCCGAAGGAGAAACUGACAGACGCUGUCAAGCGCGGCGUCAACGCCGGCAAGAGAAAGUUGAAGGAGGCCUUCGGUGACAAAGACGGCGAGAACGCGGCAAAAAAGCGCAGGAUCAAGACCGCGUCGGGCGUCAAAGGUGCGAGUGUUACAAAUGCCCUUUCUAACAUCGGGGCUAAAGCAGCUCGAGGUGCCGCGCAAGCUAUCAAACGUACCGUGUCGACCAUCUCCGUGAGUACCAAGGCGGCUACACAUGGCUCUAGGUCGUCUCCUGCCCGCAACGUAGAAGCCGUGCGGAAGACGAAAACGGUAGUACAGACUUACAGCAAGGCCAAGAUGCAGACUAAGCUGUCGUUCCCACCCCGGUCUACACCCAGAGCUUCUCGCAACUCGAGUCUCACCAUCGUUGCCGCGGGCCCCGACGAUACGACACCAGACGACGCCAAACCUUCUCUAACUAUUGGGGAGGCGCCAACACUCUCGUAUAACGACGGACCGGACGAGAACCUGCCGGGUUCUGCGUCGUCCGGAAAGGAUGUCGAUCUGUCUCGACCCGUGAGCAAGAUUCGGCUGGUCCGUCCUUCUGCCCUAGGCGCCUGA